CUACAGGGACUCAUGGAGCCAGCAUCUGGGGCCAAUGGAACAGCCGUUACUGAGUUCAUCCUGCUGGGCUUGGUGGAGACUCUAGACCUGUGGCCACUUGUCUUCUUUCUCUUCCUCCUGGCCUACCUGGUCACAGUGGGGGGCAACCUCAGCAUCCUGGCUGCUGUCCUGACAGAGCCCAAACUCCACUCCCCCAUGUACUUCUUCCUGGGCAACCUGUCCGUGCUCGAUGUCAGCUGCAUCAGUGUCACUGUCCCUCCAAUGUUGGGUCGCCUUGUGUCCCACAAACGCCAUGUUCCUUAUGGAGCCUGCCUCUCCCAGCUCUUCUUCUUCCACCUGCUAGCUGGUGUGGACUGCUUCCUGUUGACAGCCAUGGCCUAUGACCGGUUCCUGGCCAUCUGUCAUCCCCUCACCUAUAGCACACGCAUGAGCCAGACAGUCCAGAGGACAUUGGUGGCUGUGUCCUGGACCUGCGCCUUCUCCAAUGCACUGACCCAUACUGUGGCCCUAUCCACCCUGAACUUCUGUGGCCCCAAUGUGAUCAACCACUUCUACUGUGACCUCCCACAGCUCUUCCAGCUCUCCUGCUCCAGCACCCAACUCAAUGAGCUUCUGCUCUUCGGUCUGGGCAUCCUCAUGGCAGGUGCACCUGUGGUUCUCAUCAUCACCUCCUAUGUCCACGUGGCAGCUGCAGUCCUGCGUAUCCGUUCUGCUGAGGGCAGGAAGAAGGCCUUCUCCACCUGCGGCUCCCACCUCACUGUGGUAGGCAUCUUCUACGGAACAGGUGUCUUCAGCUACAUGCGACUCGGUUCAGUGGAGGCUUCAAACAAGGACAAGGGGAUUGGCAUCCUCAACACUGUCAUCAGUCCCAUGCUGAAUCCCCUGAUCUACAGCCUGAGGAACCCUGAUGUACAAGGAGCCCUGUGGAGGGUGCUAACAGCGAAAAAACGCUAG